AUGGAUACAUUAUUUGACUUAAUUAUUGUAGGAUUGGGUUCUCAUGGUAGCAAUUGCUUUUCACAUUUUUCUGGCAAAAUGAAAGUCUUAGGCAUUGAACAAUAUGUGUCACCACACACAAAGUGGUCUCAUAAUGGUGAGACCAGAAUUGUAAGAGAGAUGGGCUAUUCUGGAGAAUAUGUGGAUAUUGCAAGGAGAUCCCUUCAAUUAUGGAGGUAAUUACAAGACUCAACCAGUGAAUAAGUAUGUGUGAAUUCAGGAGGAAUUAUAUUUGGAGAUUAGAGUAAUGCUCAAUUUAGAAAUCAAAUAUAAUUCAAUAAUCCGAACCUCUAAUAAUUGAAAUAUUAGGAUGUAGAAUACAAGUUCCCAAUCAAGACAGCUUAAGAUUAAUCAUUUUACUUUGAUAAAUCAGAUGGGUUUGUGAGACCAGAAAUAGCAAUUUCCAUCUUUAUAAAUUAGGGCAAAGCAAAAGGAGGACAAGUUGUAAAUAAUUGUAGAUACAUCAAUCAUGAGUACAAAAAGGAGAUGAAAUUCACGUUUAUACCGAUUUAGGAGUGUUUAGGUCUAAAAAGUUGAUUUAUCACUUGGAAUGGGAUUAAAGAGAUUAUAAAACACAUACCCUUUGGAUAUCAACCUUUAUAAACAAUAGGUUGUAUUCUUCAAAACAGAUAUAGUGCAAUAGUUUGAUACUCAUUCCUUAAUUUAAUUAGAUGUAAUAAGAACUUUGAUAAUUUGCCUGUUUUCAUCAGUGAAAAUAACUCAUAAGAAGUAUAUGGAUUUCCAAGAGUGAAUGGGGAAGUGAAAAUUGGAUUACAUCACUUUGGGCCAUCUUUAGAACAUCCGGAUUUGUAUGACCAAACCAAGAAUGAACAAGGAAGUGUUAACUUAAUUAAAUAAUUCUUGAUUAAGUAUAUGCCAGAAUUGAGGGAUGCUGCAGUAUCGAGAGUGGAGACAUGUGUUUAUACAAGCACAAGAGAUCAUAAUUUUACAAUUGAUUUUGAUCCCAGAUCCAAGAAUACAAUAAUUUUGAGUGCAUGUUCUGGACGUAUUAAUAAUAUUAUAUAUGAUAGAUGGAUUCAAGUUUUGUAUUGUGAUGGGAGAGAUUUUGGAGGAGAUGUUCAAGACUGGAGUUCAAAAAUAUAAAACAUUUUAAUUAAGUAGAUUCUAGAAGCCUAAUUUUUGA